CACGGUUGCCACACGCGCACCCACACAAAUGCACUCACACAUACAUGCAUGCAUGUACUCCCUCACUGCACGCAGUAACGCUAAAGACGCACGUUCGUUUGCUCAUUCGGGGGAGUGCGCGCGCUAGGAGAGAGGCACCCCUAAACAACCCAUCAGAGCAGCAGUGAAAGAAAGCCGCGCGCCGCCGCCUGCACCCAUACACCGUCAGGGAGCGUCGGUUCGCUCACUCAUGGUCCCUGAAGAUGGUCUGAAACUCGAGCGCGUUUUUUCUCUCCCUGUCAAGAGCUCGUGCCGAGAGCCAGCAUGUUGACGAGGCUUUUCAGUGACCCUUCGCUGCUCCCCGAUGUGCAGAAAUACUCCAGCUGGGCGGAUGACAGCGAAGGAGAGGAUUCAAAGAUUAAAGAUGACGACCAGGAUACACAGGACGGCAUGGAGCCGUCCGAUCUGAGAACAGGCAGCCGGACGCACUCCGAACACGCCGGAGAGGACGACGAGGACGACGAGAUAGAGGAGGAGGAUGACGAAGAGGAUACAGAGGGUGACAGGCCCAAGAAAAGGGGCCCAAAGAAGCGCAAAAUGACCCAGGCCCGCAUCGAGCGCUCCAGGUUACGGCGGAUAAAAGCCAACGCACGGGAGCGAACCCGCAUGCACGACCUGAACUCUGCGCUCGACAAUCUGCGUAAAGUGGUGCCAUGCUACUCCAAAACGCAAAAACUCUCCAAAAUCGAAACAUUGCGCUUAGCUAAAAACUAUAUCUGGGCCCUGUCGGAGAUAUUGCGCUCCGGGAAAAGGCCUGAUCUAGUCUCCUAUGUGCAGACUCUGUGCAAGGGACUCUCACAGCCCACCACCAACCUCGUGGCGGGAUGCCUGCAGCUGAACUCCCGUAACUUCCUCACAGAGCAGCAGUGUCAGGACGGGGGGAGGUACGGCUCCGGCUCAUUCUCCAUGCAUUCCUACCCUUACCAGUGCGCGCGUCUCUCCAGUCCACACUGCCAGCCGGGCUCGAACUCGCACCCGCUGCGGACGCACGGCUACUGCUCGGCCUACGACUCUCUGUACGGAGGGAGCGGGUCCCCGGAGUACAACAGCCCCGAGUAUGAAGGGCCUCUCAGCCCGCCUCUCUGUAUCAACGGGAACUUUUCCCUGAAGCACCAAGGCUCUGCGUCCCCCGAUAACGAGAAGGGGUACCACUAUUCUAUGCAUUACUCCGGCCUGCCGGGCUCCAGAGCCAGCGGGGCGCACAACCUGGUGUUCGGCUCCUCUGGCUCCCGGAGCGGCAUUCACUCGGAAAACGUCCUGCCUUACCACGACAUGCACUUACACCACGAACGGGCCCCUGUGUACGAUGAACUCAACGCGUUUUUUCACAAUUAGAAUCAGACAUCGGCCUAUCGCGCGUCUCCUGCAAUCAAGAACGUGACACCGCACACUUUGGAUGAGCUGCAGAGACGUUUCACUCGUUGUCAUCAGUGUUUUCCUUUCUUUGAAUCCGUGUCAGAUUUUUCUGUUCUGCUUUAGUCAGCGAUGUAGUGGAGGGUGAUCCAUCACAGCCAUAAUCUCAGCAAUUUUCCAGCUUUUUAGGCUGAAAACCUGCAAAAAAAAAAGGUGACAAAGAAAUCAUCCAAGCAUCAAGGGAAUGUCAGAAUAUUCAUGUUUCAAUAAAGUGUGAUUCGUGCUUAAAUAAGUGGUUGUUUGCAUCCCUAAGACUGAGAGUGAGUCCACCCACUACAUCACUGGCUACAGCUCCACUUUGACAUUUCCAAUAAGGAGAAAUAAACAAAUGCACAAUCGAUUUCAAAUCACAUCUUCUCGCUUUAAUAGCGAGGGGGUUUUUUUGGGGGGGAGGUUUUCAAAACAUGAUGCAAUCUAAAGAAAUCCAGAGGUGAACAGAGAAAAACCUGUGCUCAAAGUUGGGUUGUUCUAGAAGAUUCUGUCCUGUGGCUAAAUCAAUCGUUACGCAUCUAUGCAAAACCCAAUGAGAGCACAGCGCGAGGCGACAAGGCCCCGAAAGACUCUGUAUGUUUCAUCAUCAGCACUGUGGCUGCACGCACGGCUACACACACACACCUACACACACACACACACACACACACACACACACAACAAAAUGAGUCAGAUGCUGGGCUGCCAAAAUGGUUUAAUCCCCAAAAAUGUCAAAAAAAUAAAAAUGAAAUCAGACAUUUUCCCCACGCUCUUUCAUUUCUUGUUGUUCUUUUUUAUUCCAAAUGAGCCAUUGCACUGUAUUUUCAUUUCUAAUUUAUUUGACUUAUUAUUAUUU